GCGCAGUGAGCAUUUCGGGGAUGGGUCUAUCGAACGAGGCAAGAUGGCGACUCUGGCAAAAGCGCCAACACACUUAGCAAAGUAGAUGAGCCCAGUUGGCCACUUUAGAGGCUUUCCUCGCGCUCCAGCGGGCGAUUGGUGAAACAUGACGAGCUGGCGCGUGCUUUGGGGACGGGAUUGAGCGGGAUUUAGGAGCACGAACGACGAUGUGCGAGAGCUAUGGCAGCUCGCUGCUGCGUGUGUCGGUGGCGCAGAUCUGCCAGGCUCUGGGCUGGGACGCCGUUCAGCUCACCGCCUGCGACCUGCUGGCAGAUGUGCUGCAGCGAUAUAUCCAGCAGAUGGGCCGAGUGUGCCAUCGCUACUCGGAGUUGUAUGGAAGGACGGAUCCUGUGCUGGACGACGUGAGCCAGGCUUUCCGGCUGCUGGGGGUAUCUCUGAGUGAACUGGACGAUUAUGUCAACAACCUGGAGCCCGUGGCCUUCCCCCAACAGUUGCCGGCCUUCCCUGUUAGCAAGAACAAUGUCCUGCAGUUCCCUCAGCCUGGCACGUUCAAUAUCGAAGAACGGAAGGACUAUAUUCCGGAUUACAUGCCGCCUCUGGUCUCUUUACAAGAAGAAGAGGAGGAGGAGGUGCUUCCCGACAUGGGCACAUCAGCCGAAGCAAUGCAGGUGGCGAUGGAGGAGGACGAGGAGGACUUUGAUGACGAAGAGACUGUCAAUGACGAAAACCACCCGCUUAAGAGACCCCUAGACAGUCCUGACGAGGCCCUAGGCAUGAUGCCCACAUCCAAGAGGCCACGCAUGCUUCCCGGUCUCAGCCCCGAGUGGGGCGUGGAACCCCGCGAACCCCUCACUUCCCUCAACCCUCAGCGCGUGCCUCCUCCGGGCAUGCUGCCCUCCCACGAUAGCCUUGAUCCACUGUCGCCCGAAACGCCACCAGGAGCGCUGCCAUCAUUCAGACCUCAGCCUAUCACACCAAAAUACCCCGAUGCAAAGGCCCUCACCACCCCAGGAAGAAAGACGAAAGUCUCCUCGCCUGGUAGGCAAAGAACUAAGUCCCCAAAAGGGCUCAUUCCUUCCUCGGGUGCUGGCAGUCCCAUUCAUUCUCCACCUAAAACUUCCAAGGAGAGGAAAAAAUCUCCAGCCAGGACCAAGAGUCCCAAAAGUCCCAAAAGCCCAAAGACUGCGGCAGCCAAACCACCUCAACCGCCGAGUAAGACGGACGGUGUUUACAAACUGCCGUUAUCUGUACUUAGUGAGCGCAUGGGCAAGGAAAACAUCCACAUGCGGCACAAUGUGGACAACAAGGAACCUGACGGAAGCUCUUUCCUCAAAGCGGAGCCCGACAACGGUGCCAUCGAGGACUCUAUCAGCGCCGUGAUUGCCAAAGCACGUUCCGAACGUGAGCCCGACCCCUUUGCCUUCUCCUCGGGCUCUGACUCGGACAGCAACGGCUUCUCCAGCCCCAGGAGGUUGACCAUCAUGGACCCGGCUACGCCUAAAGCCCCGCCGGGCGGUGGGCUCUCCACGUCCACGCCGCUUCACCUGCAGCUGGGCACGGGAAAGUGGACCAUGGAAGACUCCAUCAACGAAGUGAUCCGCAAGGUCCACCAAGGCGGGCCCUCGGUACGACCGCCCAACCACGAGGAGUACGUUUCGUCCGGGUCGGCCUCGCCGCCGACGCCCGAACCGUUGCUGAAAACUUUCGAGGAGAAAACCAAGAUGUCAGCGGUGGAAGUGAAGAAGAAGCUGAAGAAGGAGCUGAAAACCAAACUAAAGAAGAAGGAGAAGCCCAAGGACAAGGAACGAGAGAAGGACAAAAGCAAGGUGAAGGAGAAGAACAAGGAGAAGAACAAAAACAAGGACUUGUCCAAGGACGGUAAGAUUCUCUGGAAAGAGUUUGGCUUGAAGGACGACGAACUCUUGGGCCAGCGGGACUCGGCGCUAACCGAGGGCUCCGUCAAGAUGAAAACCAAGGACGGGGACGGCACCUCUAAGAAAGAUAAGGAAAAGCACAAAGACAAAAAGAAAGACAAGGAAAAAGGCAAGAAGGAAAAGGAGAAGAAAGGCAAAGACAAGAACAAGGACGACAGGCAGAAACAAGCCAUCCUGACCCCCGGGAUGCCCGCGGCCCUGGGGGAGGUGCCCGUUCUCUUCGGCCCCUCGUCCUGCCAGCGCUUGCCGGCCAUGAUGCCGCCCUUGUUGCCUCUCCUCCAGGAUGGCAAGAGCAAGGACAAGAAAAAAGACAAGAAGGAGAAGAAAAAGAAGAAGGAAAAAGAGCGAGAGAAGGCCAAGGAGAAAGAGCGAGAAAAGGAGGAGAAAAGGAAAGAAAAGGAGCGGGAGAAGGAAAAACGGGAGAAGGAGAAAGAGAAAGAGAGACUGAGAUUGGAGAAGAUGAAGGCUGACACACCAGUUGUAGCCCCUUCUCCGGUCAUUCCUCGACUGACGCUCCGAGUGGGUGGCCAGGACAAAAUUGUUAUAAGCAAGGUGGUUCCCAACUCUGAAGCGAAAUCCCAAACCCCCAAGACGCCUGCCCCGAAAUCCACCCCAGCGAAUCGUCCCCGGUCGCCCCCGCCACUUCCAGUUCUGUUGCCGCCCCCGCCGUGUGUGCCCGGGCCCCCCUCGCCGCUGCCGCCGGCUCCCGCGCCGUCAUCGGCGUCGCUGCUUUCUCCGGCCCCUCUGCUCUCGCCCUCUUCUUCCCUCAAGACGCCUGUUCGCAGUGUGGUCACUGAGACGGUCAGCACAUACGUGAUUCGAGAUGAGUGGGGAAAUCAGAUCUGGAUCUGUCCCGGAUGCGACAAGCCGGAUGAUGGCAGCCCUAUGAUUGGAUGUGACGACUGUGACGACUGGUAUCACUGGCUUUGCGUGGGGAUUUUGACGGCACCCCCCACAGACCAGCAGUGGUUCUGUGUCAAAUGUUCCAGCAAGAAAAAGGACAAAAAACAUAAGAAGAAAAAACACAAACCGCAUUAAUUCUAUGCAAUAUGCACAUUAUUUUUUUCUUGGCAAGAGGAGUUUGAGGUGCAGGCACAUUUUUUGGAAAGACUUGAAAGCCAUCGGCACUGCUGUAAUUUAAAAAAGAAAGAAAGAAAAAAGAAAAUCGGUGGCCGAGAGCAACUUGUGAGGAUUUUUAAUGAUGUCAGCCAACAACGUGGGGUAAAAUGGCUUUUAAGCAGCACAUUUUGUCUAGUGGGAAGCUUCUCACUAAAAUGUUAAAAAAAUUCCAGACAAGACAUUUCAGUUUGCUCCAAACCUGCUUUCAAUGUACAUAGUCACAAUCCGCCCGGAUUCCCACAUUGUAUAAAUAACGUGUAAAUAUUUACUCUUAAGCCAAGUGCAUUUUUUUGCUCUUAGAACACAACUUGGCAAAUCCAUUUUCAGGUAUCAGUUUUUAUCUCUGUAAUUCCUGUACAUUUUUUUAAAUUGAGAAGUUUGUAUUUUAUUUUACUCGCUUCCUUCGUAUACUACGCGGAAAAAGUUCGGCUCAUUGGGGGAAAACCCAGAACAGUCUCGGGACGUCGGGAGACGGCCGCUGAGAUUGGCGCAUCCCCGGAUAAAGAACUUUUUUGUGCGUUGUGUAUGGUUUUUUUUGUCUUGGAGUCAUACUGUAGCUGUUGCUUGUGAUUGUAAUUCAUUUGGAUAUUUGACUAUUAAAGUUGAACCGUCUGCACACUGGCAGACCUUAAAGGCGGAAAGUUUCCUACCAUCCCCAACUAAAUUGUACUUUUCACUUCCCACACCUGUCAAUCAUCUCCAGUAACUGUUUUGCAUUUGCUUUACCAAAAAAUAUAGAAAUUAUUUUGACAAACCAGUUUUCACAGAUUGUUUUUAUUUCCAUUAAAAGUUUAUGAAUGAGACUUUGUUGCAAACAAACGUUCAUGCCGAUGUUGACGCCGAUGGAAAAUGGAGACGCUAAAUUGAAUGCUCCUGGAAAAUCGCAGGAGGCUGGAGCACCCAGAGAAAAUCUACGCAAGCACUUUGACACCAGAAGUGCACCACCAUCUAAUAAAUCAGAUUUCAAUCCUUA